ACAGUUGACAUGUAAACCGGAAGGGCUACACCGCCCUUCCGGUGCCAUUUCAGCUCCUGUGGUGUUUUUACGUCGACAGACGUUUGUUAUGUCGCAGAACAGCUCGUGAUCGGACCUGCUACAGUGUAGAUCCAAAGCAAGCUGGUUAGGAAAAUGCCAUUGUUCGAUGGACUGGGAAGUGGAGGGGAGAAGACAGCAGUUGUCAUUGAUUUAGGAGCGGCUUAUACAAAAUGUGGCUUUGCCGGGGAAACGGGGCCCAGGUUCAUAAUUCCGAGCGAGAUCCAGAAGCCGGGACAGCAGCAGACAAUCAAAGUUGUGCAAUACAACAUCAAUACAGAAGAACUGUAUGCCAUCCUCAAAGAGUUUAUCCAUACGCUGUACUUCAGGCAUCUGUUGGUGAACCCCCGCGACAGAAGAGUGGUCAUCAUCGAGUCCAUCCUCUGCCCAUCCCACUUCAGAGAGACCCUCACCAAGGUUUUCUUCAAGCAAUUUGAGGUCCCCUCUGUGCUUUACGCUCCAAGUCAUCUGGUGGCCAUCAUGACUUUAGGCAUCAACUCUGCUCUGGUGAUGGACUGUGGAUACACUGAGACGCUUGUAUUGCCUGUUUACGAGUGCACUCCCAUUCUUUCAGCCUGGGAGGUUCUCCCACUGGGAGGGAAGGCCAUUCAUAGUGAACUGAACGGACUUCUUGUGGAGCAGUGCUCUGUGGACACAGACAGCAGCACCAAGCAGAGUGUUCCAGCGGUCAUUGGAACCCUCUCAGAAAGAAUAGUGGAAGACAUAAAGGUCAGGACUUGUUUUGUUAGUGACCUACAAAGAGGUUUGAAGAUUCAAGCAGCCAAGUUUAACUUGAACGGGACAGCCGAGUAUCCCUCCCCUCCCCCAGAUGUUGAUUACCCUCUGGAUGGGGAGAAAAUCCUGCAUAUUAAAGGAUCUGUCAGGGACUCUGUGAUGGAGAUACUGUUUGAACAAGACAAUGAAGAGAAGAGUGUGGCCUCUCUGAUACUUGAUGCUUUGGUCAAGUGCCCUAUCGACACACGGAAAGUGCUUUCUGAGAACCUGGUCGUCAUAGGAGGAACCUCCAUGUUGCCUGGUUUCCUUCACCGCCUGCAGUCAGAGAUCCGGCUCUUGAUGGAGAAACCCAAAUAUAACAGUGUGCUGUUUAAUAAGAAUUUCCGUAUCCACAUGCCCCCCUCCAAACCAAACUGCACGGCAUGGCUAGGAGGUGCCAUAUUUGGAGCUCUGCAGGAUAUCCUUGGCAGCAGGUCGGUGUCGCGGGAUCACUACAAUCAGACGGGCCGGAUCCCAGACUGGUGCUGCUUGACUUCUUCUCCACCCGAGUCGUUCUAUGAAGCGGGAAAGACUCCUCCCCCAUUGAUGAAAAGAGCUUUCUCCUCUGAGAAAUGAUGUGCUGUGAAGGACUGUCAGUGCUGUGAGCAGCAGGCCAACAGUCCGCAUCACAGCUCAUUUGACUUUUUCCUCUCGUCCCAGUUGUAGCUUGCUGCUCUCAUGUUAAACAGGGCAGUUUUUGUGAACAUUAACAGCUGCAUUUAUUUAACAGUACUGGUAACAUUUCCAAUACAAUUUGUUUAAAGAGAAAGAUGCAUCACUGUCUGUUUAAAAAUCUUCAUCUGCACACUUUGAUUUUUAUUUAUUUCAUUGCAGAGUGUGUUAAAGACAUUAAUAGGAAACAUUUUACGCUCCAAAUGGGGAUGUGUGGAUACAAAUGAAGUAUUUACCCGACACUUAAACAUUGUAGUCCUGAAUAAGAACUAUGUUAGGGUCUUUUAGUCAUCCUUCAGUGCAUUUGUAUGUCGUGGUAUUAAAGCGGUUUUUCUUCUAUAACUCUUUGUGAUUAAGUUACUGCAGAUGCACAUUCAUGUAAACCUUUGUAAACUCACCUCAAAGACAGUUCCAUCUUCAAGCAUUCAGACUUUCUUUAUGACAAAUAAAUACCCAAUGUUAAAUUAAA